AUGGGAUGUGGCACCUCUGUCGCCACAGAAACACAAGGGAAAAAUGUGGAAACAGAUGAAGCAGUUAAGCCUCCCACCCCGGCUCUGACUAUGAAGGCUGCUGUUUUGAUCCAGCGAUGGUACCGCCGCUACAUGGCCCGUCUUGAGAUGAGACGCAGGUAUACCUGGAACAUCUUCCAGUCGAUAGAAUACGCCGGAGAACAGGACCAGCUACAGCUCUCAAGUUUCUUCAGUUUCAUGCUGGACAACUUCACUCAGCUUAAUGGAAACGGGCCAGACUUAAUCUCCCAGCUGUUGGAUCCAGUGGUCGACCCCUGGUUAGAUAGAGAGACCUGCUACAACCUUAUCCCUGUCCCAGACUCAUACACUGGGCCCCGAAUAUCGUUUCCUCUCUCCGUCUCUGAUACGAAUGCUCUGCUCAGCGCAUUUAAGGAGCAGCAGACUCUACAUGCCAGAUAUGUGCUGCAGCUGCUGUACGAGACCAAGAAACUCCUAAAACAUAUGCCCAACAUCAUCCACUUGUCAACAUCCUACACCAAAGAAAUCACCAUAUGUGGUGAUCUACAUGGGCGGCUUGAUGACUUACUUCUCAUCUUUUAUAAGAAUGGCCUUCCCUCUGCGGAGACACCAUAUGUGUUUAAUGGGGACUUUGUGGACCGUGGGAAAAAGUCCAUCGAAGUGGUCAUCCUCCUAUUCGCCUACCUUCUGCUUUACCCCGACUACAUGCACCUGAACCGAGGAAACCACGAAGACCACAUAAUGAACCUAAGGUGGAAAGGAAGAAGUAUAUGGUUCACAAAAGAAGUCAUGCAAAAGUACAAGACUCAUGGCCGUGAGAUCCUCCAGCUGUUUCAGGAUAUCUUCAGCCUUCUGCCGGUCGCGACGGUCAUUGACGGGAAGAUCCUGAUCGUUCACGGAGGGAUAUCAGACCAGACCAACCUGGACUUCCUCAGCUCCAUAGAGAGGCACAAGGUGAAAUCUGCCCUGAGGUUUCCCAGGUGCAGUUUGGAGCAGCUGGACAUCGGUCAGUCCUGCAGACAGGCAAAAAGAAUGAGAUCGACAGACAGCUCUCGUCCCAGCAGCAGUCGCAGCCACAGCAAGAACCAGAGAACCCCCAAUCUGAGAAAGAGGCGAUGCAGGGUCAGCCGACAAGACAGCGCCGCCUCCACUUCUUCCUCCUCCUCAUCGUCCUCAUCCUCCUCUUCGCUCUGCUCUCCUCGAACUCCAUGCUGCCUCUCACCUCGUCCAUGCCCGUCUUCUCCCAGCAUGCCUUACGCUAUCAGUGUCCUCCAAGUGCCUUUCCUGGACUCUCUGUCCUCUGUUCCCCCUCCUUCACCUCCACAACAUGAACGGGAAUGGAAACAGAUAGUGGAUAUAUUGUGGAGUGACCCUAAAACCCAAGAAGGCUGCAGUCCCAACACAUUCAGAGGAGGAGGCUGCUACUUCGGCCCUGACGUCACCCGGAGACUGCUGGUCCAGCACGGACUCCAGCUGCUCAUCAGAUCCCAUGAGUGCAAACAGGAGGGAUAUGAGCUCUGUCAUGGCGGACAGGUGAUCACUAUUUUCUCAGCCUCAAACUAUUAUGAGGAGGGAAGCAACCGUGGUGCCUACAUCAAACUGGGCAGAGAACUGGUUCCCCGCUUCUACCAGUACCAAGUCAGCCGCACAACACGCAAACUCACCCUAACUCAGAGGGUACGAGCUGCUGAAGGCUCUGCCCUCAGGGCCUUGAAGGAGAAGUUGUUUGCCCAUCGCUCUGAACUGAUGGCAGGCUUCCAGCAGUAUGACCAGAAUAACACCGGCAGUAUAUCAGUCAGUGAAUGGGCUCAGGUGCUGGAGUCUGUACUGAGACUGGACCUGCCCUGGAGGACACUCCGUCCACACUUAACUCGUCUGGCACCAGAUGGCAGUGUAGAGUAUCGGUCCUGCUUCGAGGAUAUGGGCCCAGAGAUUCCUCUGCCUCAGGUCACUCCAAACUUGGCUGAAACUCUGUUCAGAUACAGGACAGACAUUGAGAUAAUAUUCAACAUUAUAGACAAAGACCAUUCGGGUCUGAUCUCCACUGAGGAGUUUCGUCAUACCUGGCGUCUUUUCAGUGCCCACCUGGGUGUUGACAUCGACGACAGAGCCAUUGAUGACCUGGCACGAAGUAUUGACUUCAAUAAGGAUGGCAGUAUAGAUUUCACUGAGUUCUUGGAGGCCUUCAAAGUGGUACACAAACUGGACAACAAGGAUCAGCAUUUCAACGGAAAGACUGACAAACUAAUGGAGGAAGGAAUGUAG